AUGCAUUCCUCGGAGCGGUCGGACUCGACCGAUCGCGAGAGACUUCUCGUGGAUGAGGAGGAUGCUCACUGGGCGCAGGGCAAGACUAACUCGAGAGCCGGCCCUGGACGAUGGCUGAAUAUCAUCUUUGUCUUCAUCCUUGCCGUCUUGUCGUGCCUGGUGGGUGUCUUCAUCGGACAGAACCGAGGUGACUCAGACGAGGCGUGCACGCGGCGUGUGACCCAGCAUUCACCGGUCAUCUCAAACGUCGGGCUGAAUUAUCACAGCGAACGAUUCAACGGGUCGCUCCUCAAAGAAAACAUCUUCCGCCAGGAUGCCAGCCCGGAGGUCGAUGCCGCCUGGGCAUCCAUCGGUGCUAACUACCGAGCCAUCCGAGUCCCUGCCGAGGAAGCCGAGAAAUCCGGGCUCGCCGCCGACCAAGUCAAGAUUAGCGAGAAAUACGGGGGUGGCUAUCCGGCCAACGUGGAGGGGCUGCAUCAUCUGCACUGCCUGAACCUGCUCCGCCAGUCGCUCUACUACAACUACGACUACUACCACGAUCUUGGCACGGGCGCAUUCUCGAACAACGAAUUUAUCGUGCGACGUCACGUCACACACUGUCUCGAUAUCCUGCGCCAGCAGCUUAUGUGCAGCGUUGAUGUCGGAGUCUUGGGUCAGGUCUGGGUUCACCCCGACCACCCCGAGCCCUUUGUCGACUUCAACACGGAGCACAAGUGUCGUAACUUUGACCAGAUCCGUGAAUGGGCGCAGCAAAACCAGCUGCCCGAGACCGUUCCCUCGGAUUUCCUAGAACCCCCGAAGAUUGGGGACCGCGUGUAUGAGGCUAUUCCGUAA